UUAUUAUUAAUCGUAUGCGUAUCGAGCUGAAGCGAGCGAAGGCGGUACCAAGAAAGAAUCGUCGAGAAAGUUGAAGAGAAAUGGUGAGAGGUGAAGCAUUGACCGCAUACAGAUCGUUGCUGCGAGCAACUCGUAAAUCUUUCGCUGGAGAUACAAUGAUGCUUAACGCAUCUGCAUCUGAGGUCAGGAAGAAAUUCGAGGAGAAUCGUCACGUGACCUCCGACACUCAGAUCCAAAAGCUCCUCGAGGAAGCACGCGAAGCCUCCGAAUUCAUCUCUACCAUGAUUGUCCAAGCCAAGCUUAAUGAUCGAGGCGGCUAUGAGGUGAAGCUUGAUAAAGAGCACGCUGGAGCAACACUUGAGGUUCCGUCCGAAGAGAUUCUUAAGAAGUCGGUAUAAACUAAGCAAGAAUGGCUGCUUAUACAUAAGCUUUUAACGAACAUUCUGUUAGGAGCUACUUGAGAAAGAUUUGUCAAUUUUUUUGAGUUAUUGAGGUCUACCAUUGAAUCUAGUAAAGUUCCAUUUGUAUGCCAUUUGUCUUCUGCACUAGAAAUGUUGUUACGAAUAACCUUUUCAUUAAGAGUUUUAGCUUUUGCCUUGUGUUCA